AGAUAGAGAGGUUAACGGAGCCCCUAUAAAAUUGGUUCAUCUUCCCCAAAUUGAAAGACCCUAGAUUCUUAAGAGAGCUCGUUCGUCAUUUUUCGUGCCUCAAAUCUUUACAAUCGAUAACCACACCCAUCGCCUUUAUUCAGAAUGUCGGAAUCACCAUUCAGACCACGAGAAAAGCUUGCUGAGAAGCAAAAAUAUUUUCAGAGUAUCCACAGGCAUACCUACUUGAAGGGACCCAUGGAUAAGAUUACAUCCGUGGCCAUACCACUGGCUUUGGCUGCAACGUCAAUUUACAUGAUUGGACGAGGGAUCUAUAAUAUGUCGCAUGGAAUUGGAAAGAAAGAAUAACCUGGGAAUUUCUGAUUGAGGAGGGUUUCCCACACAAACCUACCUUAGCUUCGUUAAUAUGGGCCAGUGGUUUUCUUUGCAUUUAUGUCUGUUCUCUUAAUAAAUUGCUUAGUUGCAGAUUUUGACUGCCAUUGGGGGUUUAUAACUUGAAUGAAAGUUGUUCUUUGUAUGUUUGAUAUAAUCAAAUUGAGUGAAUUGGCUCAAACUGCUGUUUUCUGUUUCUGGUUUAGUACUUGUUCCGUGUUAACUGUUCCAUCUAGGUUAUGCUUCUCCUUGCUAGACAAGCUCACUGGUUUUUCUUAUGCUUUGAUAA